UUUUAACCAAUCAGAUUGUGCCGUUGCAUUCGCCCCCCCCCCUCCCUUGAAACCGGAAGUGUAUUGCAUAAAACACAAACAAGUGCAACACCCUGAAGCAACACGGCGCGCACUCAUUUCCAGCUCGGAAGCCUGAGUUAUCAUUUCACCUGUGAAAUAAACAAAACAGCGGCUCCGUCAUGCUCAGAGCUGUGGGACAAGUCUUAUUCUCAUCUGGACUGCAGAAUCCCAAAUUUACAGCAGGAGAGAAGAAGGCACAGGACUAUGAGAUCCGCACCUACCAUCCUGCAAAGUGGGUGAGCACCACCCUGAGUGGGAUGCAGGGUGAAGAACACAUCAAAACUGGCUUCCGCAGACUCUUCAACUAUAUUCAGGGCAACAAUAAAAACAAGACAAAGGUGGAUAUGACGGCCCCCGUGACUUGCCAUGUGGUCCCUGGGGCCGGACCGGCGUGCGAGUCUCAGUUCACCAUCUCCUUCUACCUGCCAGAGGAGCAUCAGGCCAACCCCCCUGAACCCAGCGAGGCUGGGGUUUUUGUGGAGGACAGAAAGGAGUUCACUGCCUACGUCAGGACUUAUGGCGGAUUCUCAAAUGAAAACAUGAAGCGAGAAGAACUGCUGAAACUUCUGGAGAGCUUGAAGAGGGAUGGCGUCGAAUUUGUCGACAAGCCGUACUACACGGCCGGCUAUGACAGCCCCUUUAAACUGACCAACCGCAGGAACGAGGUGUGGGUCCUCAAGAACGCAGAGAACCAGUAGAUAGAAGUCUGUCCUCCUCAACCGUGUGCAGCUGACAUUUACUUACAUCAAAGGAAAUUGUUUGACCACUUUCAGAUUCCAGAAUUAUUUAACAUAAAAACGUUGCAAAUUGUUCUGUAAAUAAAUGAUUUAAAUAAGGGAACAGUUAGAUGCAAUGUGGUGGGAUGUCCAGCAGGGGGAGACAGUCAAGUGCAUUUCUCUCACUAAGUGCCCUUUAUUUUUACUCUACAUAAACAUUUUAAGAGCACUAACUUUUAGGGGUUGAUACAGACAUUUGAAUAAAAAAUGACUGACAGAUUAAUCAAAAAUACUUAUAAUAAAUACACUAGUUGUUUACAUUGUCCUUUUUAUAUGACCCUCUGGUGUCUCUCAGGUUAAAUUUAGCCAAAUCAUUGUUGGGGGUGCUAAAAAUAAAUUUUUUCAAAGAAUUGCGUUGGGUUAUGUUCAACAAGGAGAUAUUUUAGGAAUGGGAGUAAAGAUUUAUUUGCGUUACAGAAAAAAUGUGCAUAAAAUAAUUCCACGAUCUUUGAUGUUUUGUGUGAACUUGGACCCUGGAUGUAUAAAUGGAACUUUAACUUUAAAUGGAACAGCUAAUGGAACUUUAACUUUUAAUGUUUUUGGUUUUGUUAUUUUGCUCUUUUGCUGACCUCAGUUUAACCUCCAAACCAACUGGUUGUUGUGAGUUUGUGAAGAGCAAAUAAGAAAAAAAAAAUGCUUUCAAUUGAAACAAUCUGCUUUAAAGGGAUGCUACGAUACUGCUUUAACAAAAGAGACCAAUGAUUUUUUUAUGGUUUAAGUGGGUUCUAACUAUAAAAAUGUUUUGUUUAAUAAACAAUAAACAGGUUCCCAGACAGAUGAA